AUGUACGUGAAGAAAGAUGUACUUCACGGUUUUAAGGUGGGCAAGCCAACGUUAGAAAUCGGAGGUGUUGGUAGGGGCUGGGAGCUUCUCCAGCUGGCGCUUCCCCGGGUCACAGCAUCUGUGGCCAUCAGCGCUGGUAAUUCCUUUGGCAUCGUUCUUUGGUCUGUGCAGGGCAUAUGUCCCUGGGGUAGGAUGAACAGCCCGCUGUGCCUCUUUUCUGAAGCUCAGGAACUGUUGCGACAGCUUCAUGCACAGGAGCAGCAGCUGCGACUGGAUAUUGCGGUGGCGCUGCAGCAGCUCAAUCUACUGCGGCCAGAUGGUGGCAGCCGGUUGCCGGAGGCGGAAGAACAUUACCGGGCGGUCAUCGCCUCGCUGGAUUCGGAGCUGGCGCCCCCCCUCCGCAGCCCCCGGGAGAACCCCGUCCGACAGGGCCCCCUGGACCCGGACUCCCGACUUAGGAAGGAGGAGGAGAACAAGGACCCCGGGGCGGAUAUGGACCCCGAGGCGCGGCGGUUGCGGUUAAUGCGGUUGAUGUUGGUUGGCAAUCUGGCCGCGCUGCUUCUGGAAGCCGACCGGCCGCACCACGCUCUGCUGGAGCUGGAGGGGGGACUGAGAGAGGCUGAAAUCCUUCUUGGCGCUUCUGCCGGUGGCGCUGGGAUAAGUGGUGCUGGUGGCGCUGCCCCUCCCUCUCCCUCUCCCUCGGGCACCAGCUGGUUGUCCUCGUCGGUGUGUGCUCUCCGGUUCAACCGGGGGAAGGCGCUGGCGGCGGUGGGUCGUACGGCAGAGUCCGAGUCGGCGUACGUGAAUACGGCACUGGGGGCACUAGGGCUGGACCCGAACUGCUUCGCCAAGGCCUGCGCGGCCAUGAACCGCUUGCCGGAUGACCUGCUGACAUUCGUACAAUCUGCCGUACAGCUGGCGGAGGAGAGCGGCCUACUGCAGCGCCUUCUCACGGGUGCUCCGAGACCACCCACCACCACCACCACCACCACCACCGCUGUUGGCGGUGGUGGUAUUAAUCACGGUGAUGGUGGUGUGGUGGGGGGAUUGGCGGCAGGCAGUAGCGAUCCUUUCGGCGAUCAGUCCAGGGGCGGCUGGCUGGCGGAUAUCGGGGUUUCGGAGCUGGGCUGGCUGUACUUCGCGCUGGCUAAGGCUCUUGAGACCCGGGAUGUGGAGGCGGAGGAGGUGUGGCGCGUUUUGGACCAGGUGAGUCCGAAGGAGGCCAACUCCCUGAUAUCUUCCCAGCAGCCGUACCACCCCGACACGGACUGGCAGCAGCUGCUGACCCUCCGGGGGGUGUUCGGCGGGCGGCUGAUGAGGCAGCUAGCGGCAGGGGGGGGGCGGGAGGGGGAGGGAGGGGAGGAGUCCCCGGUGUUUGUGGUGGGGUUGCCCAGGUCGGGGAGCACGCUGGUGGAAACGAUGCUGUCCCGGUACCCCGGAGUAUGGGCCGCGGGGGAGGACACCGCCCUGGCGCCACUCACCCCCCGGCUGAAUGAGCUGCUCAUGAAGCAGGGGUUAUCCAACCGGGCGGCUCUGGCGGACUUCGGACGACGGUACGUGGAGGAGAUGCGGCGGCGGGCAGUGGCGUCUGGUUGGGACCCCAACAACCCCCCUGUACGGAUAGUGGACAAGAUGCUCCGGAACCUCUGGCUGAUCGGAUAUAUCGAGAUGCUGCUGCCACGCGCCUGCAUCGUACACGUCGUACGGCAUCCUCUUGACGUGGCACUGUCGUGCUACAGCCAGCCUUUCGGCUACAGCGGCGUCCCCUGGUCCUGGCGUCUGGACCACAUUGGGGAGCAGAUCCGCAUGGCCGCGGCCCUGGGGGCGCACUGGGGGCAGGUGCUGCCGCCGGGCCGACUGCUCACCCUGCAUUACGAGCAGGUCUCUGCUCGCCAGCUGCUGUCCCACUGCGGUCUGACCUGGGAUGUCCGGGUGCUGGACUUCCACACCGCCAACAGGACGGUGGCCACUGCCAGUGUGGCGCAGGUACGGAAGCCGCUGUACAACACGUCCGUGGGCCGGUGGCGCAAGUACGAAAAGCAGCUGGCAGCGCUCGCGGCCCAGAUCCGACCGGAGAUCUUGUCGUACGAGGCGGAUCUUGAUGCGGCGCUCCGUAUUGCAGAGGCGGAGAAUCGCCAACUGCAACUGCAACAGCAACAACAGCAACACCCCCCGGGUCAACAACCCCCGCCGGUAUCGCGGGGAGCUCGGCAGCUCCCGGUCUCUGCGGAGGACGUCAAUGCGGCGGAGGGGGGGUCCAGGGUGGUUUCGGAGCCCGGGGAGGAGGAGGAGGAGGUGGUGGUGGAGGAGCUGCAGUCCAGGGUCGGCGGCGGCGGCGGCGGCAGCGGGCUGCCGAUGUCCACGAACAGUAGCGGCAUGAGCGGCGGGACACCCUCCCUGCGCCAGUAUCACUCCCCGGUGCGCAAGUGGGUCUGGGCAGCGUUUGGUGGCAACGUAGUCCUGGCGGUCAUCUUUGCGGCGCUCUGUGCAUCGUCGUACAAGACGUUUCGGGCGGCGGUGGAGCAGCUGGACCGGGGGGAGACUGCGGGCUUCCCGGCGGGCAGCAAAGCCAGUGACUGGCAGCGGCUAUUCGCGGGGGCCGCGAUCAGCGCCGCCUUCGCAGUGGUGCUCACCGUCUUCUUCCACGCCUGGGCCCUGAUCUUGCUGCUGUGUUCCUUCAAGUCCCUGGCGGACCCCAACCGCCGCUUCGGUCGAGCCUUCGUCAUGGCGGCGGCUCUGUGCAUCGGACUGCACAUCCUCAACAUAGCGCUGCAGUUCCAUGGUUACGGGCCCACACUGUCCACGUGGCAUUCCCAGUACGGGGCGCCCUUCAACGUGACGCUGCUAAACACGUGCGUCGUAUUCGGGCUGCUCAGUUUCCUCAACUACACGCUGCUGGCGGGGCUGCUGUUCUUCUGGCAGGACCCCACGGACGUGUAUCUGCUGGACAGGCGGGAGCUCCAUCCCGCGGGGGUGCAGCUGCAGCUGGGGAGUAGCAGCAGCUUCAAGGUGCAGGACACUAGCAUAUUGGGGAGUGCCGCGCUGAUGGCGAAACUUGCCCAGUCGAUUUCAGCGCCGAAUCAGCCUUUGCUUGCUUCACGAACAUCAACGCUUGACAGUCAUGUAUACGCAAGCGGUAACCCCGUCAUCUCCACCGCGACUGCCUCGCGACCCAGUUCGGCAUCUGGGCGCCAACCCUGCAGCGGAACCCCUAGCGGAGGUGCUGCGCAAACCGUAGAACCCCUAACCUCGUCCUCGUCUAAUAACAACAUCAAUAAGACAUCUGGCAGCGAUACCUCAACUGCGCGGCAGGACGGUCCGGAGCUCCGCAUGCAAGGUGACAUUCAAGGUGGCAGCUCCACACGACCAAAAUCAGGGCUGCUCCGCAGACUUAGCAGCCUGACAUUGGGAUAUCGACCGCCGUCCGCUAGGCAAGAGGCUGCUUCUGACAGUGCAGCUGGUGCUGCUGCCCCUUCUACGGCUGCUACGAACAAAGGCACUGUGGCUAAUCAAUCAGGUGGCCGUGCACAGUUGGAGCUCUGUCCCUCCAUACCCCGGAGCGCUGCUAUUCCCUGUGUAGACGUGGAUCCGGAGCGCCGGCAGCUGUUGCGGAGGCUCAGUUUACGAGAGAACUCGACCUAUGCAGGGGGGGUGCCGCAGUCUAGCGGCGGCGCUACACGACCACGGCUGCUGGUUGAUGCGGUUGGAGCACCAGGAGCAGUUACUGCUGCUGUAGCUACUGUUGAGCCGCGCAUAUCGGGCUGUAGCGGGCGCGGUAUGCUGCGCGCAUCGGCAAGCAGCGGAGGCGCCGGUGCACCGUUGGCGACAAAACAACCACCACCGCCACCCCCACUACCAGCCGCAGCAAUACCAGCUGCAGCAGCGUUAGUCACGGACACAGCUGGCUCGGACAGGCCCCCGACGCCGUUGCGGCGGCUGACAAACCUACUGCUACCGAACUCAUUGAUGAUUUCGCACCACGCGAGAUCAACAGAAGCCUCGACUGAUCAGCGUGACCAGGACGGGGUGGGUGCUGUUAAGCGGCGGCCGAGCAGCGGCGGCGUCCGGAACCUCUUCAGCCGGCCUUCGUCGGCGAAGCGGAAGUCCGAGGCGGGCGUGUGGGCCACCUCCCAGCUUCAUCCCCCCGCGCCAGUGGAGGCCUGGAAGCAGCAGCAGGGCCAAGACAGCCUGGAUGACCGCGAUGUGGAUGGGUCCUUGAGCAGCCGCGUACUGGAGUACGGAGUUGUUCCGGUGCGGCAACCAGGCGGCAUCAUUAAGCGCGCCGCAAACGCUUUGGCAACCGCUCUGACGGGAUGA